GAGAUUUCAAUCGCUUAACACUUAUUUUACUAUAAUCAUUAUUAACUGUAUUUGUUUUGGAUCACCCAUAUAGAUAUCCUGGCACAUUAAAAGAUAGAAUAAUUUACAAAUAAUGGCAACCAAGGGCGAUCAAAGAGAACAGGAAGGAAAACGUGGGCAAGAUAUCUUAUCCAAAACAAUUGACAAACCGUCAGAUCAUCAAGUUGUUGACAAUGACGAUCUUCGGAAGAAUUGCUUAGACAGCAUCAAACAAGCAAUUUUAAGAGAGCCCAUUUUGGCAUUGGAUUGUAAAGGAGAAGAUCUUUCUCGUAAAGGGGAGUUACAGCUCGUGUCCAUCGCAACGCAGGAAAAGGUUUAUAUUCUAGACAUUCUAAAAUUAAAAACCUCACCGUUCGAGAGAGGACUACGAGACAUACUAGAAGAUAAGCACAUUCUGAAACUGAUGUUUGAUUGCAGGGAGGAUUCGGAUGUGUUGUUCCAUCAGUUCCAUGUCAAGCUUGAUGGCGUCAUUGAUAUUCAACUGCUUGAAGUUAUAAAACGACCAGGAGAUAUUGAAGACACAUCAUCAAGAAGAUGUGAAAGACACGACGAAGUGGUUCCACUGCAAAGUCUAUAUGACUGUCUAGUAACAUAUUCUAUAUCCAAGGUUAUGGUAAAAAAGAAGAAAAACUUCAUGCAGAAUCAUAUUUUGGGAGACAGACCAUUGGCAGAGGAACAUAAAGAAAAUGCGAACAGAGACGUGGCAUUACUUUUCCAUCUGUUUGAAAAAUUAAAACCAGACAACGAAGAAAUGGAACGCUUGAAAAUAGCCUCAAAUGUGUUUGUCGACCUGAAACGAUCGAUCGCACUCCGCGAUUUCAGCAAGUUUGAAAAUAAUUCUUACUUGCCCAUCGAUGUAAUUCCAAAGAAAGGAUCCAAGGGCUUUGAACCUGGUUAUACUCAAUGCCAAAAAUGCCGACGCCCGUUUCCCGUUUCUGAGUUUUCUAAAACUCAGUUGCGAGCAUGUACGCAGAUGUGCAGGACUUGCAAAAAGGUCAAACUUGACAACGACGUACUUGAAAACCAACAAGCAAACUUGUCAAGGACAGAAGAUAGGCGUGCGAGGAACGCAUUCUAUUCACGUAUCAAUAGAUUAGGAAACAGUCCCAGCCAUAUGAUUUACAAUGAUAUAAUCCUUGAUCCCUACGUUGACUGGCAUGUCAUAAUCGAUGAAGAUGGAGAAGAGACUCUUACGUUCUUUACGUGAGCUGCGAAUUUUAAUAAACGUACAUGCAUACGGUGCAAUUGAUUGAUAUUUUGUAUUAUUGUAUGAAUCAUAGAAUC